AUGUCCAUCCUCGAGUUCAUGGGUCCGGGCUAUACCCCAGCCGGCAUGGACCCAACAGAAUUCUUCGUCAACGGCGAUGAACCAUACGUACUUGCCUCGGACUAUACAAUUCUGCCCCAACCAACGCCCCAGCACCUCGUCGUCCCUCCCCUCCCCGGCACCAUAGAAGGCGCCGCCGCGGAGCUGCUCUCCCUAUCCCCCGGGACGACCGUCCUGCCAGAAUCCCUCCCUUCCAGCGGCGCCCCCGCGACGACUACGACGGUAUACAAGCAGCAUGGCUCGCCGUCCAGCACCGGCUCAUCCUCCGCGUCUCGCAAGCGCGGUAGGCUGCCGUCGCCUCCCGUUGCCGCCGAGGACCUAGACGAGGAGGAGGAGGAGGAGGCCGUCAUCAAGCGCCGGCGCAACACCAUGGCGGCGAGGAAGUACCGCCAGAAGCGGCUCGACCGCAUCUCGGACCUGGAGCGUUCGCUGGGUGACAUGACGGACCAGCGCGACGAGCUGAAGCUGCGGCUGGCGCGCAAGGAGGCAGAAGUGGACGCCCUGAGGGAGAUGCUGUCACGCAAGUGA